AUGAAACUCUACGUAUUUUUAAGCUGCAUUGUAGCCGGAUUUACACUCUAUGCGAUUCUUUCUACGUUUGAAGUUAAGAAGGAAACUCGAAGACAUACUGUUUAUAAGAAGAAUGCCUGGGACACCAUGGAUGGUGAAGGAUAUCAGUUCAAGAGCAGUGAUAAUACUCUGCAACUAGAUUCUCGUUUUUAUAAGCUUGAUAUGCUUCCAGCUUGCAACAACCUAACCGAUCUCAAGGUCCAAGAAGAUGUUGUGAACUUGAUGAGUGAUGUGAAAAGGGAAUUUUUGGGGUGUAUCAAGCCAAUUGUUGAGCAAUGGAGAGGACGGGCUAAAGAAAUGAAUUUGGAAUGGGUGUCCAAAACUGCCGUAUGUGAUAAACUUUCCGUUUUCAACAAUUUGGAAGUUGAGCCAUUUAAUAAUCAACACGAAACCAAAUGGGCAAUUCUUCCGAAAUGCAAAGAGGAGAAUAUCCUUGUGACACUCGGCGUUGGACAUGACACUACUGCUGAGGAACUGUUCAACCGAACACUUCCCAACACAAUUUUUUACGGAGCCGACCCGAUUAUUGAGCCAAACAGGCAGAUGUACUCAGCAUUUGGGAAGUUCUUCCCAUUUGCUAUUGGAAAAGAACCUGGCUUUACGAAGUUCCGGGUGCUUCCGAACCAAAAUCAAAAGACACGGAAGUACAUUUACCAGGAUGUUACUACAAUUCCAUUUUUGUAUUUUUUGCAUGAUAUUUUGAAGUUAAAGAAAAUCGACUUUGCAUGGAUAGACAUUGAAGGCGGGGAGUUUGAAUUCCUCGACAAAUUCCAUCGCGACGUUCAAAUUUGUCAAUUCAAUAUAGAAAUUCACUCAACAUUUGCACCGACACAAGCCCAGGCGUUCCAUGAUUUCAUUUUCAGGGUGUUGGAAGAACAGAAGUAUGUAUUCUUGAAGCCAAUGCACACCCAGGCUGGAGUUCAUCGAAUGUUCUUUGUGAAUGUUCAGGACAAGGAGUGUCUGGCAAAGUAUUUCAAUAAUUUCUGA